CCCGCCUCAUUUUCAGCCGCAGAAUCAACACAAAACGCCGAACUGGAUGCUUGAUUUUCUUGUCGUGAAAAAUACUUUCCAUUUAAAUUCUUUAUUGCUUUAUAAAAACGUUUUAAUUUAUUGAAAAUUUAUUAACUGGUGUUAGAGCAACAGUAACAUUAUGGAUGACGACGCGGAAACCUACAAACUUUGGCGGAUUCGCAAAACAGUUAUGCAGCUCAGCCACGAUAGAGGUUAUCUGGUAACACAAGAUGAAUUGGAUCAAACAUUGGAGCAAUUCAAGGAACAGUUCGGCGAUAAACCCAGCGAGAAACGGCCAGCACGUUCGGAUUUAAUUGUGCUGGUGGCGCACAAUGACGAUCCGACGGAUCAGAUGUUCGUGUUUUUCCCGGAUGAACCGAAGAUUGGCAUCAAAACCAUUAAGACCUACUGUACCCGAAUGCAGGAAGAAAACAUUCACCGGGCUAUCGUGGUGGUCCAGGCCGGUAUGACUCCGUCCGCCAAGCAAUCGUUGGUUGAUAUGGCACCGAAGUAUAUUCUGGAACAGUUCUUGGAAUCUGAACUGCUGAUUAACAUCACCGAACACGAACUGGUUCCGGAACAUGUGGUGAUGACCCCGGAGGAGAAACAAGAACUGCUAGCUCGGUACAAAUUGAAGGAAAACAUGUUGAUGAGAAUUCAGGCCGGUGAUCCAGUAGCUCGUUACUUCGGCUUGAAACGUGGCCAAGUGGUGAAGAUUAUUCGGCCCUCGGAAACGGCCGGGCGCUACAUUUCCUACCGAUUGGUGUGCUAAUUUUAGGUUGAUAGUAUUCUUAAGGAACAUGAUUUUUCAUUUAAAUUACUGAAUAACAAUAUUUUUCAAAAAUAA